CAUAUAUAGUUUACAAUAAAUUUAUUGUAAGAACAGAUAACACACAGGUAAAAUGGUGGAUAACAAAAAAGUUAGAUGAUUCAGUUACAACAAAAGAAAUAAGGAGAUUAGUAUUGAAUAUAUUAAAUUUUACAUUUACAAUUGAAAUUAUAAAAACUAAUGAAAAUCUCGUUGCAGAUUACCUAUCAAGAAAAAGGAACACAAACUGAACCAGAUACAACAGAAGAAAUACUCAAAGCUAUUAAUACACUUUCUACGAAGGUGGAUAGUAUGGGAAAAGAGUUACAAAAUCUAAAAGCUAAUAGUCAGCAGCAUGACUAUAAAUAUGCGGAGCUACGCCAACAUGUAGAGUUACGUCGAUCGGAAGACGCUAAAAUUCCAGAGCUACAAGGAGACGAUGGGAAACUCCGAAAAACCCAUAACAAUGUUUGUUUAGAUACAGCUGCAGGUACAAGCAAAAGAAUUAAUACAAAUUUAAACCAGCUAUUUGCAAAACCAUUUACCCAAAAACCACAAAUGCAGAUACCAGCAGAACCACAAACAUCUACCUAUGCAAUAAGCCUACAAAAUGACAAAAAAAGAUACAACUAUAUUACCCAAUCUUACAUUGAAAACAUACACAAAAUUCAGACAUAUCUAAACCUAAACCCAAGAUCCACACAAACAAAAACUCCCGAAGAAGACUAUAUAACCCAGAAACUACAAGGAUAUAACAAACUUAUUGCACAACCUAAGACCAACCCCAACCUAGUAAAAACAUGUUAUAACUACGGACUAUUAAAUACAGUAUACACAUAUACCGGAGAAGAAAUAGCCGGAAUACCAGAACUACAUAGAGCAUUUUUAACAUAUAAAAGAAUUACCAAAGGAAAUUUAUUCUAUAUAAAAUGUUAUACAGCACCAGCAGAGAUACUAUACGAAGAGAUAAAAUCACCAAUACAGGUGGUAAAGAUAGGAUUAACCAGAGAUAUGAUUAUUCCAGAAGAGAUAGAAAAACAAAAUGAGAUACCAAAAGUAGAAAUACCUAACUUUUAUGCAAAUAAAAGAAUAAUUGGUAUAGCUACAAUUAUACAAGAGUUAGCAAACAAUUAUUUAAAUGGCAAUGCCAUUUGGAGCUAUUAUGCAAGAGAUCAGGUGAUGAUUUAUGCAAACUCCAAAGAAUUAAGAAAAUCAGAUAUGGAUGAAGUUCAGAGAUGGAUUUUGUCAUUGCUAAAACCAGAAGAACAACCAUCUACAAGAGCUUUGAAGAAAGGAUUUAUUUCAGAAGAAUUAUUAGUAAGAUAUUGCAAACUUAUCAGCAACAAAUACCCAGAUCAUAAAUGCUCCAAGUGCAACGGAGAAGAUAAUGUGAUACCUACAGUUGAUUUAGGAUACCUACAGUUGAUUUAGGAUAAA